AGUCGCUAACUUUAUGAUACCAAAUUUAACAUAUUCUCUUUGUAUAAUUAACUGUGUUUCAGCUGUUGAGAGAACAAUCAAUAUUCUCAAUUGUGGAGGUGAGAAUGUUUUUUAAGGUUCACGGUAGAUAUGAACCACUGAGGAGGUUUGAGUCGCUUUCCUAGCUGUUUCACUAUGUUCUCCUGCACAAGGAGCAAACGUGGGCCGGAGAGGGGUCCUUCGGGGGUCCUCCUCCGAUGAUUAAGUAGGUAAGGGUCUUGAGAAGAUUGCUAUGAAAGCUUAAUAGAAUAUAUUUGUGCGGGUUUAUGUGUCAAAAGAUUUGUGACCCUUGGUGAUGCAUGGCAUCGUGUAUUUAUAGUAGCGGGUCUUAGGAGAGGAUCCCAAAACCCUAAUGGCCGUUUUGGCUUUUACCUUGAAUGGAAUCUUUUUAGGGAUCAGUGGAGAGAGAAGUAGAAUAUCUCGUAAGCCUAUGUGGCAUUUGGUGAUAUGUUGAUCUUUGUACCAUGGUCCCCACUCUCUGUCUUUUAGUACAUUUUCCUAGGUAGGGUACGAGGUAGGUGUGUUGCCUUGCCUUAUACAAGUGUUGACAGCUUUUUCUAAGUACGGCUGUAGUUAUCUUAUGCCAUGUCAUUAUAUUCGGUGCUUUUAUUCUGCAAGAUUAACCAUCUUGUAGGUAUUUUCGUUCCUCUAUCGUUCUGCAGGAUUAACCAUCCUGUAGGUGUUUUAUGCUCUUUUAUCGUUCUGUAGGAUUAACCAUCCUGCAGGUAUUUGUGCUUCUUUAUCGUUCUGCAGGUAUUCAUGUUCCUCCUUCAAGGUCUUAUGAUUAGGGGUCAUGUGUUCCAGCACAUACAAUUUGCCCCUCAAGCCUAUUGGGUAAUGACAGAAGGAGUCAACAAGUCUGAUUUUGGUUCAUGUUCUUCCUUUUGCGUGCUCUUUAGAGUUGGGUGUCUAUUUUUGCAAGUUUUUUUGUUUUUGUUUUUUGUUUUUGUUUUUUUUUAAAGAAAAUUUCCGUUUCUUUACUCGUCUUUUAUUGGAUAUAUGGUGUCACUAUCCCUAUACAUGCCCCUAGUCCAUGUGCUUUAGUAGUCAUGCUAAAGGAAAUGGACUAUAUACUUGUUUGAAACUGUGUCCGAUUUGCAUUUUCAAGAUAUUGUGUUUCAGGGUGAUAUUUGCAGGAUGUUUUGUUUCUAGGAUGAUAUUAGCAGGAUGUUGUGUUUCGAGACGAUAUUAGUAGGAUGUUGUGUUUCGAGACGAUAUUAGCAGGAUGUUGUGUUUCAGGACGAUAUUUUGCAGGACGUUGUGUUUCAAGACGAUAUGACUGUUGUGUCAGGGUCAUUCGGGAUUUUAGGUUGCUUGGUUUUUUGUAGUAUAUAUUUUGGGAAACAGAGGCAUGGAGGUGACAUCAUUAAAUUAUGCCUCUUUCCGUAAUUUAACUUGUGACGAGCAUUUUUAGCUUGUUGAGGACGCUUCGACACGCGUUUGGUUGAUUCUCUUCGAUUAUCUGCGAGCUAAAUCCUGUACUGACGCGUGGAGCCACUUGCGCUGUACUGUUUCGUUUUCCAGCCUUUUUGUUUUCCUUUACUUCAGUAAUUUCAAAUUACUUCUAAUCAUGACCGUUUAUUUUCUCAACAGUUAUUGUUGAGGCAUGUAUUGAGAAAUCUAUAAAUACGCUCUAGUUUUUCACUUCAUAACCUUUAUCGACUCUUGAAAUCCUCUUUCUUCUUUAAGCAAACUCUUUAUUUUUUGUUGUUUGUGAUCUCGCCAUCUUUGUGUUGUUCUUCAAACAUUUAGUUUUCUCGAGUUUCUUAGUUUUCACUUUUCUUUAGAAUAUGGCUAGGAAGAAGAUGAUUAAUGCAACUGCUACUGACCUAUCUUUCGAUUUUCACUUGAACAAAUCAUCCGACCCGGUUCGCAACCCAUUCCCUUUGGCCAAUAGGGUCGGGGACCCAGACAGGGCUCCUCCUGGCUGGGUACGGACUGAAUGGGAGCAUCUGUAUUGGGAUGAUGCUUUCCCAGUUUCGACCUCGUUGGAUUUGUCUGCUGAGGCUUCGAUAACUUUUAGUUUGUUGGACGUAGAUGAGUCUGAAGGCAAGUUAUAGCAAUCUACGCUCUCCGAGAAGAUAUUGGAUAUUAUGGUUGAGGGGCGUCUUCAGUUCGUCAUUGAAGAUAGGUUUCACCUAUCUCGUGAACAAGGUUACUGCUGCCGUUUGGGAGAGCCCGACAUGCAGGCACAUCAAAUAAUUGUUACUACCUCCCCCUAUACCGAUGUCUUUAUUCCUGUAAAUUUAUACCACUUCGUCUUUGGGUUACGCUUUCCUAUGCAUUGGUUUUUGCAGAAAGUUUUAUGUUUUUACCAGCUGUCUUUGAACCAGCUGAUGCCUCAAGCUGUGAGGAAAAUUAUUUCAUUCAUCUGACAUUGUGAAUAUAUGGGUUACCCUCUAACCUUGGAUUUAUUUAGGUCCUUGUUCAAGAUAGAACAAGGGGGAAACAAGUCGUAUUACUUGGCUAAGGUAGUAAAUGGGGCGACAGUGGUCGUCCCUGAUUUGUCCGAUUUAAAAUAUUAUUUUGACAAGACUGUAUGGGUGAGGGUUCCACUUACAGUUGACCACCCAUACCAGUACAAUCUUCCAAUCUAUUGUACCACCCCUGUACUUCAUCCUCUUCUAACCAUGGAUGAAGUCAGGGAGUUAUCCCGCCUGGAGAGGUAUGCCUUUCUCCACUUUCAGGGGUGGACAAAUGAGUCCACCGCGCAGGAGUACAACCACAAGUGGCUCUGCCACGAAGCUGUGUUGCGCAGGGAGCCGGUGCUGUCCUUGGUAGAAAUGUCUACCUUCUUGACUUCCGAAGAAUUUGGGAGUCAGGUCCAUUAUACCAACCUUGGUAUAACUCCCCUUGGGGAGUUUUUCAGGCCGGGUCCUCCUGAGUGCCCUGGGGAUGCUAAGAGGAGGUUAUCCAAUGACUACCAGUUGGAGAUCAGAUCUCUAAGGCCCCGACCCAUGUGGCCGUGGCCGUGGCCGACUUUCAUCUGCGGCUUUCUGAUGACUAUUAUCAGGAUUCGCUAAUGGGCAAUAGCGCGGUCGCUUCCUUCGAUAUAGAUCAGGUGGUGCCCCCUGGUAAACAUCGCCAGCUCUGUGGAGUGGGUAGGGUCCCCCACUUCAAAGUACAUUCAAUGAUGUGCUAGCUUGGGUGCAUUCUGAUUUCAACCUCCUCUCUCAGGAGUUUUUAACAAGACCAGAGAGAGAGGGGUUGAGAUUGGCUGCCCCUAC